AUGGCCUCGCCAUUGUCCCCCGCGACCUCAACCUCGAGUCACUCUCUCUACCAACCUCACUUUCCCAGCGCCGAAGGACGCUGGGUCCCGCAAGAUGCUCGCUCUUUACCGGUGCGCCCGCGCAGUGUCGGUCCCGUCUUCGAUGCCGUGCUCGCGAGCCAACCCAUCCCCGAGUUCAACAAGGAAGCCCACGAUCAAAAUUACAACAACCCCGCCCCUACAUCCGAGCCUCGCAAACAACCGGAACAACCUAAGGACUUCCAAGAUGCCUACCUGAUGCCCUCGUUGUCCGAGAACGAACGCCUUCGUCUGACUCUGUUUUGGUAUUACACACACUCUAACAAAAUGAUGGAGGACAAGGACUUUCUGCUCGCGCUACAGCAAAAGCUGGACCUGGUCCAGGCCUUCAUGGGCUGGGACUUUGCCAUCAUGGGCCUGCUGAGCGAGAACGUCUACACUCGUGUCGCUACUGCCGGCUUGCCCUUGGCUAUACUACCUCGCCGCGAAAGCACUUGUUCACAUACCAUCAACCAACCAUCCGGCGCCGUCUUCAUGUUGCCCAACAUGGCUAGCGACUGGCGCUUCAAACAUUCCCCACACGUCGAGCAAGGCGGUCUACGCAGUUAUGCUGGUGCAGCUCUUCGUUGCAAGGCUGACACUGGUGAAGAUGUCGCUCUCGGUAGUCUUUGCAUUGCUUCCAACUCCGAACAGCCCCCUCUCUCGCCCAGCCAACAAGAUGCUCUGGUUCGUUUCGCCGACAUGAUCGCCAGUGAAAUCAUUGCCCGUGCUAGAGAAGCCCGCAGACGCCAGCGCCAAGUCAUGGCCGAUCUCAUCGCUGAAACACAAGACCACAAAUCGCCCGAAGCCGUCAGAGCUCAUGUUUUGAAAAUCCUCGCUCAGGUUUAUCCUGAUGCUGUGAUAGAUGUGCAAGACGCUCCUCUAAACGACAUUAUUCGUUUACCGCAUCAUAUCCCAAUCCACUACGAAGACUUCCAAGACGGUCUUUGGGAAGACUCGGAGCUCAUCGAGCAUUUGAUUGUUACACAGAACCACACGGAAAUUACCACCGAAUCUACGGUUCGUGCAAUCGCACAUCCAUGUCAGAGAAUGCCUGAGGUCAAGUACCUCGUCCUCGCUUCGACAAAUGUUCAAUUUGUCUUUGACGAUGUUGACUCGUGGUUUGUCGAGAAGUGCGCGACUCUGAUAGCAAAUUCUACACAAGAAACCCGGCUUAGGGAAGCGCUAACGGCCAAGGAUGCUUUUCUCCGAGGCAUCACUCACCAAUUGAGAACGCCUAUUCAUGGCGUCUUGGGCUCGUGCGAACUACUUUUCGAAGAGCUCGCUAGCCGAGACAUGCUGUCAACUGGUGUUUCCGGAUUAAAUCCCUCUUCCGUUCUCAGUGCCAUCAGAGACUCCGGUCGAGAACUAAUGUCUACUGUCAAUAAUAUGCUCAAGCUGAAUCGUUGGGCUGAAGAGACCGGCGGCCAAUUACAACCUGCCUCACUCCUGAGUCUGAACUUGAUUGAAGCAGAGAUCAUCUACGAAGUCCAGCAAUCAAUACCCGAGCACGAGCUUUCCGAGGUUUCGGUCAUGUUCGAGAAUAGACUUGGAACCGACGAAAGUAUGAUCGUGAUGGAUCUCUCCCUGCUGAAGGAAUGUAUCCAGGCGCUUAUCCAGAACGCUUUGUCAUACACUGAAGCUGGCGCUGUCAUUGUUGUCAUAUGGGCGUCCCCUGACUACACAAGAUUGAUUUUCGACAUCAAAGACACUGGAUGCGGCAUUGCUCUUGAAGACCAGGGACGAAUCUUCGAGGCCUACGAGAAAGUGGAUACACAUACAAGAGGAGCAGGUCUUGGCCUCACCCUAUCAGCAAAGAUUGCCAACGCCUUGAACGGCGACGUAACAUUGGUUUCUUCCAAACAAGGCACAAAAGACAAAGGAUCAUUAUUCCGUGCGGAAUUCAUUGAUCCAGGAUUUGCUUGCCCGAUUGUGCGUCCAGUGCCAUUUGAUGCAGACUUGAAAGACAUUCCUAGGAGAUUCCACGUUGUACCGGCCGAGUCACAGCGACCAGAGCUUGUGUUGCACUUUGCAUCUUACCUAAAUCACCAUGGAUUCGAGGAUUCGGACUCACCUGAAGACUCUUUCGUAAUACUGACUUAUACACCGGAUGCCGAUGAGUUCCGCCGUUUCGUUUCGCAAAUUGACCCGAGACAGGUUGCCUUGUGCCUGGUUCCUGCUGGUGCAACAACAGACAGGCUUCACGGCGCUCACGAAGUGCGUUUCUUCUCAGGACCCUUCUUGACAUCUCGUUUAGAAGAGAUCACCACCGAACUCAACACUGUCUACAAACGAUUAGCCGAUGAUCCUGAAGCUGGCGAGACUGCAUCAGGACUAGCAAACCGCAAUGAUGCUCACCGUACAUCCGGGACUGAAGAUGGCGUUGAUCCGGCAGACGCGCAACCAAUGGCUCUUCUGGUCGACGACAAUGUUGUCAACCUAAGGAUCAUGCGGAUGUACUGUGAAAAGCGCAAAAUUGAAUACCUUACGGCUAUGGACGGCAAGGAGGCAGUGAGCGUUUUCGAGUCCUCUCUUGAGAAGCAUCCCAUCAACCUCAUUCUUAUGGAUCUCCAAAUGCCGGUAUGUGAUGGCAUUGAAGCAACACGGCGGAUUCGCGAGAUAGAAUCAGAAAAAUCCUUACCGAGAGCGGCUUUGUUCAUUGUAACCGGUCAGGAUACUAAGGUUGACAAGCAAAUGAGCUUCUCAGCUGGAGCGGAUGAGUUCUACGUCAAGCCUUUGGGCUUGAAGACUCUGGACAAAGGCAUCAAGGAAUACUUCCCGGCUGUAGCCCACGAAAAAAAGACUGCUUCUCAAGUCGUCAACGGAACGAGUGCAUCGGGCGGCAAGGUGUGA